UGUCUUUGUCUGGCAGGGCUGAGUUCUUGACUCUGACAUCAAAAAGAGGUUUUAGGAUGGAUACUGCUAUGGAGAAUUAUAGUUCAGGUAGUGAUGAAGAAGUAAAAGAAGGGGAGACCACCGUUAACGAGAGGGAAAUCUAUCAGGCUGCAUUACAAGAUCUGAAACAACCCAAGACCGAAAAGGAUCUACCGCCUGGUGUUCUUACAGUUCCUCUUAUGAGGCAUCAGAAAAUUGCAUUGGAAUGGAUGCGUAAGAAAGAAAAAAGAAGCAGGAAAUGUAGGGGAGGGAUAUUAGCAGAUGAUCAGGGACUUGGUAAAACAAUCUCGACGAUCUCUCUUAUCCUAUUGCAUAAGUUGAAGUUACAAUCAAAGCAGAAAAAGCGAAAAGGUCGAAAAUCUGGUGGUACAUUGAUUGUUUGUCCUGCAAGUGUUGUAAAGCAAUGGGCAAGAGAAGUGAAAGAGAAGGUUUCUGAUGAACACAAGCUCUCUGUUUUAAUCUACCAUGGAUCUAACAGAACCAAAGAUCCUAUUGAAUUAGCAAAAUAUGAUGUGGUUGUGACAACUUACGCCAUUGUUACAAACGAAGUCCCUCAAAACCCUUUGCUGAAUCUUUAUGAUACAUUCAGUAAGAAGAGAGGCAGAGCAAGCUUUGAAGGAUCUAAUCUUCAGCCUCUCGCUGGUGCACUAGGAAGAGUUAGAUGGUUGAGAGUAGUACUAGAUGAAGCUCAUACAAUUAAAAACCAUAGAACCCUAGUUGCAAAAGCUUGUUUUAGCCUUAGAGCCAAGAGGAGAUGGUGCUUGACUGGAACACCGAUACAGAACAAAGUUGACGAUCUUUAUAGCUAUUUCAGGUUUCUUAGAUAUCAUCCCUAUGCCACGUGCCUUUCAUUUCGUCAAAGAAUCAAGGUUCCAAUUUCCAAAAACUCUCUUCGGGGUUACAAGAAGCUUCAAGCUGUUCUAAGGGGCAUAAUGCUUCGCCGCACCAAAGGAACAUUACUUGAUGGACAACCUAUAAUCAUUCUACCUCCAAAGCAAGUUAAUUUGAGCAAAGUGGACUUUUCAAAAAUUGCAUUGGAAUGGAUGCGUAAGAAAGAAAAAAGAAGCAGGAAAUGUAGGGGAGGGAUAUUAGCAGAUGAUCAGGGACUUGGUAAAACAAUCUCGACGAUCUCUCUUAUCCUAUUGCAUAAGUUGAAGUUACAAUCAAAGCAGAAAAAGCGAAAAGGUCGAAAAUCUGGUGGUACAUUGAUUGUUUGUCCUGCAAGUGUUGUAAAGCAAUGGGCAAGAGAAGUGAAAGAGAAGGUUUCUGAUGAACACAAGCUCUCUGUUUUAAUCUACCAUGGAUCUAACAGAACCAAAGAUCCUAUUGAAUUAGCAAAAUAUGAUGUGGUUGUGACAACUUACGCCAUUGUUACAAACGAAGUCCCUCAAAACCCUUUGCUGAAUCUUUAUGAUACAUUCAGUAAGAAGAGAGGCAGAGCAAGCUUUGAAGGAUCUAAUCUUCAGCCUCUCGCUGGUGCACUAGGAAGAGUUAGAUGGUUGAGAGUAGUACUAGAUGAAGCUCAUACAAUUAAAAACCAUAGAACCCUAGUUGCAAAAGCUUGUUUUAGCCUUAGAGCCAAGAGGAGAUGGUGCUUGACUGGAACACCGAUACAGAACAAAGUUGACGAUCUUUAUAGCUAUUUCAGGUUUCUUAGAUAUCAUCCCUAUGCCACGUGCCUUUCAUUUCGUCAAAGAAUCAAGGUUCCAAUUUCCAAAAACUCUCUUCGGGGUUACAAGAAGCUUCAAGCUGUUCUAAGGGGCAUAAUGCUUCGCCGCACCAAAGGAACAUUACUUGAUGGACAACCUAUAAUCAUUCUACCUCCAAAGCAAGUUAAUUUGAGCAAAGUGGACUUUUCAGUAGUAGAAUGGUCGUUCUACAGGAAGCUUGAAAUGUAUUCACGUUUGCAGUAUCAGGAAUAUGCUAAUGAAGGGACUUUGCAUGAACACAUGGCUCAUCUUUUGGUAAUGCUUCUGCGGCUACGCCAAGCUUGUAAUCAUCCACAACUUGUUAAUGGAUAUAGUCACUCAUAUGCUAUUGAAGAAAAACCAGAUGUGGGUCAUGAAUCCGAUAGAGAGUAUCUAACCAUCCUCCUCAAUAUCUUAAAAUCAUCCUUUAGCAUCUGCAAUGUCUGCAACGAUCCACCAAAAGACCCUGUUGUUACUUUGUGCGGCCAUGUAUUUUGCUAUGAGUGUGUGUCUGAAAACAUUAAUGGGGAUCACAAAACGUGCCCUGCACUUAAUUGCAGUACAGAGCUUAAACAUGAUAAUGUUUUCACUGAAUCUGCAAUUAGAAGUUGCAUCAACGAUUAUGAUGAUCCUAAGGAUAAGAAAGUUCUUUUCUCGCUACAAGGCGAGUUUAUUUCAUCCAAAAUCAAAGCUGUGAUAGAGAUUCUUCAGUCGCUUGCAAAGCAAGGCUCUGAUCCAGACUCUCCACCAAUAAAGACUAUAGUCUUCUCUCAGUGGACGGGUAUGCUUGACUUGGUUGAGCAGUCUUUUGUCAAAAACCGUAUAAAGUUCAGACGACUAGAUGGUUCGAUGUCUCUACUAACAAGAGACAUAGCUGUAAAAGAAUUCAACAAUGAUCCAGAUGUAGAAGUGAUGUUGAUGUCUCUUAAAGCUGGAAACCUUGGAUUGAACAUGAUAGCUGCCUGCCAUGUUAUUCUCUUGGAUCUUUGGUGGAAUCCAACAACUGAAGACCAAGCUAUUGAUAGAGCUCAUCGUAUCGGACAAACUCGGACUGUUACGGUAACACGUAUUGCCAUCAAAAACACCGUCGAGGAACGAAUUCUGACUCUUCAGGAACGUAAAAGGAAAAUUGUUGCAUCUGCAUUGGGUGAAAAACAUGGUAAAAGUUCUGCGAUUCAACUAACAUUAGAAGAUCUUGAAUACCUAUUUUUUGGUGAGUAGAAAUAUAACGAAGACCGUGUGCCCCUAGAGUUUUGAUAAGGAACAAAACCUCUAGCUUUUUAUAUAAGUCACAAGUGUGAAUGUAAAGAGAUAUUUUAAUUUCACAUGUUGGUUAGAUUUUUUUUUAGUAA